AUGUGUAAGUUUGAACUAAAACAUCUCGUAACUAUGUUAAAAGAAACCAAAGCCUUUGAGCAAUGUUUGAAAACCUUGAAUAUUGUAUCGAUGGGCAAUGGCAAGUGUAUUGCAGAAUUGAAAGUUCUAGAGGAACAUACGAAUCCCAUGGGAACUUUACAUGGGGGACUCUCAGCUACUUUAGUGGAUAGUGUUUCUAGUUAUGGUCUAUUUACGCAUGAGAAAGGGGGUGUUAAAAGCGUGUCUGUUAACAUAAAUGUGUCCUACAUGGGUGGUGCAAAAUUGGGCGAAGAGAUAGUUAUUGAAUCAGAUACUAUCAAAGUAGGGAAAACUCUUGCUUUCUGUGAAGUUUUAAUAAAAAAUAAGGCAAAUGGAAACGUUUUAGUAAAAGGUGAACAUACCAAGUAUUUAAUGAGGUAA